AAGAUUCACAUAUCUCCAAGAAAAUGUUGGUUGUUAUGUUGUUAAUUUUCCUUAAAAUUUAUCCAGAUGGACAUACGUGAAAGCUAACAUCGUGUUGAGAUCGGAGGAUUGUUUUGCUUACACUGCUAAUACUGAGUGCACUGAUAAUACCUACCAAAUUGAAUGCAGUGUAUUGUUGCUGGCCAUACUGAUAGCAACCCGUCAGGUGAAGAAGAUUUCUGCGCCUACAUGUCCGCUACCAAUUCCAAUCAUUUUAAUUAAAGUAGGAAAUUUUGGUUUCACAGUUUUUCAAAUCCAGACGGUUUUUUUUCUCUUCCUGUGCGUCAGCGAUAAACGUAAACAAUGAAGAAACAGCUGUCAAAAGCUAUAAAGCGAAAGGUGAAAAAUAUCUUUUCCAAUGGAGGAAAACAAUUCACUUGUGUAUGGGCUCGAUUUUCAGGCGAGAGCGCUCGCAUCGCAGCAAGCCGAAAGCAAUGAUGUGCGGUUUUUCGUAGCAACGCAAAGCCUCAAACCCAACAACCACUUGCACGUAGUCGAUCUGAACGAGGACAGUUCCGCGCUGCAGUCGCGUAUCUUCACCCAUCCGUACGGGGAAGUAUGGCGGCUAACGGCAAGUGCACACGAUCCGCGCCUUCUGGCCAGCUGUUACAGCCUGCUGAAAGGUACGCAGGUCGUCAUGGAGACAGCGCUCCUAACGUUACCGGAAUCUCUCGAACCGAAGGACGGUGAUCUGGAGUUUCUGACAUUCCAGCACGUAGAAACACUGCCGACGAGUGGGUUUGGAGCGGAAAUACGCACCACCGAGUUCCAUCCAACCGAUGCAAACCAACUGGCCUGUGUAGUGGAUGGUAAGAUAAUUCUAUUUAAUCGGGCCGAAUCAGCAACCCGCGUGGUGGCAGAAAUCAAUGCUAAAAAUGUGCCCAAGUUUACCACUGGACGAUGGUCCCACUUUCAUCAAGGCAAUCAUUUCAUAGCGCUACAUGACUGCAGCAUAAGAUCAUACGAUAUACGGGAUCCCAACCAUGUCGUGUGGAGCAUCGAGGAAGCGCACAGCCAGAUGGUGCGCGAUUUAGAUUGCAACCCAAACAAACAGUGUCACAUCGUGACGGGUGGGGACGACGGUGUGAUGAAGGUGUGGGAUUUCCGUAACACCAAGGAACACGUGUUUGCACGCAGCGACCAUCAUCACUGGAUAUGGAGUGUACGGUUUAACACGUACCACGAUCAGCUGAUACUGUCCAGCGGUAGUGACGGUAAGGUGCUGCUAACUUGCGCCGGCAGUGUCAGUUCGGAGGCGCCAGAAGUUAUAACGGGCGAAGCAGUAAGCGAGCAGGUGGGCGGUGGUAGUGAACCGCGGGAACAUUUGGCCGAUGGGCUGCUGCAAACGUUCGAUCAGCAUGAGGAUUCGGUGUAUGGUGUCGAGUGGAGUACGGCCGAUCCGUGGAUGUUUGCAUCGUUGAGCUACGAUGGGCGAAUGAUUAUCUCCAAGGUGCCCAAGCAGUACAAGUACCAAAUAUUGCUGUAAGUGUGGAGCAGAAUGGGACGGACCACCACAUGCCACUUGUGUUAAAAUAAAAUCAUUCCUUAAUUUA